UAUGUCAUGUCAAGUAGGCAGAAGGAUAUAUCUACGGUACUGUCUUUGAUAUAUCCGUGUGUUCAACUUCAUCAGUUUUUUUUGUUAAAAAUGUAACAUUAGCGGUUGAUAAUUAACUACCAAAUACAAGAUGUGGCAGCCCGAUCCUUUCCACAAUGAGUUGGUCUCUAUUAUGGAUGAAUUAAUGACGUCGUUGGAGGAGGAAAUUGACAAACGAAUGGCGUUCUCGGUCUCCUCAACACAAUACAGCACAGACAUUGAUUCAGGAGAGACAAGGGAAAUUGAAAGAGAAUCCAAGUUGGAGGUAAAAGUAGAGUUGACAUGUGUGAUGAAACAGUUCGUGAAACAGACUAUCGCCAAAAUCAACCAGUUGAUCUCCAAAGGCACUGCAGCACUGCGUUCAGAGAUAUGCCAGAGUCAAAGUGAGAUGAAAUCUCUGAAAAUCAAGCUAUUGGAGAUGGCUGAUAGUAAGGAAGUACCUGAAAAUACAGUGGAAAGAACCCUACAGAUAGAGGAAGAGGAGGAAUGGACGGAAGCACCAUUAUCACCAGAGUUUGCUGAGGAUUUUGAGGUUGACGUGCCAACUCCCAGUGGUGACGCUGACAACACUACAAAUGUCAAGAAGGAGACCACAAUCAGAGCUAAAACCAUAGUGAUGGAACAGUCAUUUAUAUCUCUAGCUAAAAUACCCUCCUCCUCACUCAUUGAGUCUAUCAAACAGUCAGCGAGCAGGCCUACAGACAAUCAGGCCACAAGUACAGACCCCCAAACUCCCAGUGGGGACUCUGUGAUGUCCACCAGACCCAGGAGGAAGAAAAUGAGAAUAGAAGCACAACCCACAGCGGCAGAAUCAGACGGAAGUGAGGAAACCGCUGAUGACCAAUGGGAGGAGGAGAAUGCUAAAGCUGGACAAACCUCGAAUGACAAAUCUGUUCACAACAUAAAGCCAAGGCCCAACAUAAAGAAAAACACGACUACCACCACCAGGAAAGAGCACCACUGUCUGGAUUGUGGUAAGGUUUUUAAGAAUUCAAGUAAUUUAAAACUGCAUCAACAGACUCACACAGGAGAGAGACCUUAUUGUUGUGAAUUAUGUGGGAAAUGUUUCCCGACUGCUUGGAAGCUCAGAAUACACCAAGCAGUUGUCCACAGAAGAGAGAAGCCGCUUGAGUGUCCAACAUGUGGGAAGUGCUUUGCAACAAAGAGUUAUUUGGACACUCACGCAAGCGUUCAUUCAACAGAGAAACCGUUCCGAUGCCUCGUGUGUCAAAAGUGUUUUAAAAGCAAAAAGGGCUUCAAGGAACACACAAUGAUGCACAAUUCAAAUUCAGAUUCAUAUGCUUGUGACAAAUGUCCAAAAACCUUCGUUAAGUUGAAAUACCUCAAGAAUCACCAGCUUACUCACAGUGGAGGAGGAGCUCACCGUUGUGAAUUGUGUGGGAAAGGUUUCAAGACUCCUUCUCAGCUCAAACAGCACCAAGCAUCAGUCCAUAGGGGAGAGAAGCCAUUCCAAUGUCCCACAUGUGGGAAGUGCUUCGCAACAAAGACAAAUUUGAAAAUUCACACAAGUGUUCAUUCAGGAGAGAGAGCAUUCCAGUGCCCUCAGUGUCAAAUGUGUUUCAAAACCAAAUAUACUCUUAACGCUCAUAAGAAGACGCACACGGACUCCAAGCCGUAUUCUUGCGACAAAUGCCCAAUGACCUUUAUUCGGUCGCAUUACCUCAGAAGGCAUGAAAUCUCGCACAUGACCAGCAAGCCGUUCGCGUGCAGCCACUGUGGGAAAGGCUUCAAAGGUGAACGUGGGCUCAAGGGACACGAACGCACCCACACCGAAGACCCACCUUAUACCUGUGACGAAUGUGGCAAGGGUUUCUAUCAACACGAAACGUUUCAAGUCCAUGCAGCCUUGCACACCGGAGAGAAGCCGUUCACCUGUGUUUACUGCAGUAAAAACUUUGCUCUGGCGUCCUACCUUAAAACCCACAUUGCAAAUCAUCACUCUGUCACCAAACCCCACGUCUGUGGGAAAUGUGGCAAGAAAUAUAAGGAUUUCACCCAUUUUAGAAUCCAUAUGUUUCAGGGUUGUCAAGAGGCUGCAGCGUUGGCUUGACUUUUU